CCUCUCCCAAGCUCGUCAACACCUUAUUUCUCCCCUGAAAACUCGUCCCUCUGAAGGGGGAGGAGGAAGGGGCAUUCGGGACUCCUCUUCCCGGGACAAAAGAUGAGGCCAGGAGCGACCGGGAACCCUUUCUACACCCCUCCAUGACUAUUUCCACUCGUCCCCUUUGUUUCCCGCCUGAUCCAUGACCCAGGGGCGGCCAGGGUCACGGGGGGAGAUGAAAUAAGGUCUCAACAGGUCUGCUGGCUGGGUGAGGGAGGGGGUGUUGCGGUCUUCCACGGGGAUGGCGAGUAAAAGGAGAAUUUAUUGAUUCAGGAGGCAAGGCAGACGUUUUUUGCGGCCCCUAGCCUUGGGGCAGGAGCCAGGCCGAGCACCGCAGCUACUGACAACUGCCCACCAUCCCUCUACCACAGCUUCUGGGGGAGAGAUAAGGGGACCCCGUCUUAGUGGGGGAGAUUUCUGGUGCUCCUUCGUCUCUUGUCUCACUUCCACUCAUUAUUUUCCCUCGUGCCUCCUGUUCACGCCCCCCCUUGCCCCCGCGUACCCUCAGGUGGGAGUAAAUGUGUGUGAGUUGGACAGUAUAUGAGGUUCUAAGUGGCAUGCUAAUAGAUGUGCUUCCUUUGCAAAAUAGCUGCAGCCUCCAGUGUUGUGUUGUUGUCUUGUGUGUGACUUGUGUGGGACUUGACUCCGUGGUGCUGGCUUAGAUCGACUUGAGAACUUUUUUGAAGUUGAUUUAUGACUGCAAAAUGACACGUUUUAUAUACUCCUUUGCUGAUUCCUGCCGGUUUAGUGAUGGUAAUGAGAAGCAAUACCAUUUAUCUGUGUUGACAUUUGUGUGCACAAUGUCCUGGCGGGAACAUGAGCUACCUUCCCCCAUGGGCGCCUUCCUCAGGGGGCGGCCACUAUCCCCCACACAUGUUACCCACGUCCUCCUCCACAUCCUCCACCUCCUCUGGGUCCCUGCCACCAUCCCACACCACAAACAACACCACAUCCCAGGGUGGUCUCAACACCCCCUCCGUCUACCAGACCCUAUCACCGGUGGUCAAGACGUCGUCGCCGACCAGCGUCUCGGUCACCCAGUCCAUCAACACACCCAAGACAUCCACCUUACCCACGUCAGGUGCUCCAGCCUCAUCCACCACAUCAUCCACCGCGGCACAGUCAUCCGGCACCACCAUGUCUCUGGGUGACCCAUAUGAGCCACAGGGAUUCCAGAGGCCACACACACCCCCAAAAGGAAGCAAAAAUGAAAACCCCAGUAUGAGUGAUGCGCCGCCCCCAGAGAUGCUCCUUGCCCUCGCCGGACCCAGCUCAAUGGACCUCAAAACACCCAGAAAUUCAUUUCUUGCCUUCAGAGCGCCAGCGAAACACCUGGCUCCUGAACAGCUGGCCAGCCCAGUCAUGUUCUCCUACCAGGGCAGGGGAAGACCUCGCAAAAAUUGGACUCAUGCCACAACAGCCAUCACCACCACCACUACCACCACCACCACCACCACCAGCCAGCCAGUGACCCACGCCUCCCCUCUCCAGGGUCUGCCCACCAUGAUCCCAGUGACCCACCCCUCAAUGCAUGCUGGCACGACUGACGACCCGGAUGACGAGGAGAACCGACCCUUCAAGUGUAACCUGUGUGGGAAAGGCUUCAAGCUGAAGGGCGGCUUGGUGCAGCAUGAGAGGACCCACAGCACAGACCGCCCCUACGUGUGUCCUGAGUGCGGCAAGCUGUUCCGCCAGCCCACACACCUCCAGCAGCACAUCCGCAUCCACACGGGUGACAAGCCGUAUGACUGUGCCUUCUGUGGCAAGUCGUUCCGGCAGCGCACCAUCCUGAACCAGCACCUCAGGAUACACACGGGGGAGAAGCCGUACGUGUGCAUGGAGUGCGGCAAGUCGUUCCGGCAGAAGGCCAUCCUUGACCAGCACUUCCGCACACACCUCGGUGAGAAACCCUACGCUUGCCCCCACCCUUCGUGCCGGAAACAUUUCAGGGAGAUGGCAGCCCUCAUCUCCCAUAUGAAGUGCCAUAAGGACGUGCCGGACCCAAGGAUUGUCCUGCAGCAGGCAAAGAGGAUCAAGGAGGAGCGACAUGAAGAUGCGAGGUUAGACCCACAAAUUCUUGGGGAACAUGAUGUGUCAGAUCGAAGCCUCGGGCAGGAGGUGAUGGCCCUCGGCAGGAUAGGAUUGGAUCGGGUGCAGGAGAGGAUGGGCCAGCUUGGGCAGGACAGAGCAUCAUUAGGGCCGGACAGGGUAGCAUUAGGACAAGACAGAGGAGGACUAGGGCAGGAAAGGGGAGGAUUAGGGCAAGAGAGAGGAGGGUUAGGACAGGAAAGGGGAGGGCUGGGCCAGGAGGUGCUGAGUCCUGAGAGGUCCCAUGGUCACGAACACAGCGAAGGCUCAAGCACUGGCUCAGAGCAGAGCUACCAAGGGAACGGGGAGCAGGUGCAGCACGAACAGGCCAGAGGUUUUCCCCAACACAAUGUGAACAGCAGCUCAGCACAGAAAUCCCCACACUCCUCCUUGUCCCAGCACUCCACAACAGACAGGCAGAGUCAGCCCUCACCAUCCCAGUCCCUCACCUCCCCCUUACCCCCGAAUAUGAUGCCCACCCCACAGAUGGCCAUGGCAAACCUCAUCCCGUACCCACACUCUAUUUUCCCAGCCACGUCGUACAUGAUGCCCCCACCUGACCCCAGACAGUACCACCCCCAGAGUCAGGGGCAGCACCCCUCCCGACCAAACCAGUGACUACACAUGCCAUAGUUGUUUUGUAGUGACGAGCGAGUGAGCGAGUGUCUUUCCUUUUGGUAAUCUUGAAUCAUCAUCAUCCUCCUGCACCUAGCCAGUCUUAGCCUUGCCUCUUGUUUAUGAGUUCCCAGACAUGCAGUGGUUUAUUUAUUAUUAUUAGAACUAUGCAAUAAAUUCAUCUCUUUGGGGGGAGUAAUGAGGAGUCACAGGGCAGGCUGAAAGAAGGUGAUAAAUCUACUAGGGUUGGAGGACGAAAUUUUCAAGCUGGGGAGGUUGGCCGGCACUUCAAAUUUGUAGCGACGUGCAGGUUUUGGUUCGUGAUGGUUACGUGCCUCUCUAGCCGUGGAUGGUGGAUAUUCUCGGUGUAAAAGAUAACAAAACUGCUGUGGUGCGAGUUGGAACAGCAUGGCGUUGGACUGGAAGAUUCCCUCUGUUGCUCUAUAAAACUCACUUUCAGUCCUUGCGUCGGCCGGGAAGGUGUCGGCCUCUGCAGAUGCCAGACUGGCCAUGUCACUUCUUAACUUUUGGAGCAGCAGUGUCUCUCUGUAAAUGAACGGAUUAAUUUGAUAAUAUUUAUUUUCGUAUCAUCAUGCUUGAAUUUAAGAACUCCCCUGUUGGUAUUCUCAAGUUGUGAGGUGUAAAGUAGAAGGCAUUUGUCAACACUUGCCAUGCAGCUUACCUGAGACACACCUGUGGUGGUGCUGCACCAUCAGGCAGGUGGGCUGAGGGACACAAAGGGACACUGAACUUGGUGACAAUUUGGUGUCAAUAAUAGUAGUAAAUUAAGCAAUAUCUUGUUGAAAGAGGUUAAUUGUAUACAUUCUAAAUGAAAAAUGUACAUUUUUUUCAGUCUAAAUGUUAAAAUAUCAACAUAUGACUGAGUUAUGGUGCAAUCAAUUAUACUUGUACAGGCAAGACACUAAGUAAUGAUACAGGAGAGAUAUUUUCUGCUCCUGAUCUUGCCUGUAAGGUAUAUUGUAUAACUAAACCGGUGUAUGACACUACUACCAAACACGCUUGGUAACACCUUAGUGUACCCCGGAGCCCUGGGACAAAGAUGAGCUGCAUGGAGUGUGACAGAGCUGUUAAUGUGAGGCAGCGCUGACUGUACAGGUGGCCAAGCAGUGUUUGCUGGCUGCUGCUGUACUGGGCAUGUGUUCCUGAUUCGAAGGCUGACGGAGGGUCGUUUCCGUUUGAGGGUUGUUGAGUGUUUGUAGAAUUAUUUAUCCGCUGGCUUACUGACGAGGAGGAGGAGGAGGAGGAGGGGACAGACCAGCCACUAUGCUUUGACAUUCAUAUUGUUUAUCUGUUCUGUUAAACUUUACUCUUUUUUUUUACAUAAGGUUAGAAGUUCCUAAGAAUCAAAUAUUGUUCAGAGGCAGAGAGUGAGCAAGAGUAAGAGUGUGAGAGCGAGAGCGAACGAACGAGCGAGCGAGAAAGAGAAAAGACAGAGAGAGCGAGAGAGAGAUAGAUAAUCGGUGAAGACAAAUUGACCCAUAGGUUUAAUACUAAGCAUUAUAUAAGGCCACUAGGUAGGGGGUGCUGUGUCUAGCUGCAUAUUAGUAGGUUGUUUAGGUUUCUUCCAUCAUAGAGUCUCAUGAUUUCGACUUUUUAAAAAUAAAAUAAAACACGGAAACGUCAUUUUACAGUCUUGUGCUUAUAAAAAAUAAUAAUGUUGUGUGACAGGAAUAUGUUUAGGUCGGUAGAUUUUUUCUUACCCAAGUGCAGCUGUAAGAUAUAACCUACAUCUGCCCUGUUUGUUGCAUCAGACAUUAGUUCCUCCAGUGCCGGUAGGACAGCCUCUGAGUGCCACUGUGCAAGCAUCUAGAGUGCCCUUGUAGAAGUGAAGUGCCACUACUAAACUUCCUGGUGGGGUGAUAAGAGGCAAAAGAGUUAGUAAGCAUCUUAAGGUGCAGUGCAGAGGCCUUUAGAGUGCUGUCCUGUGGGUGCUCUGGGUGCUGAGAAGGGCACUCCUCACCCUCCAUCACUGUAAACACUCAGAGGGAAUACCAUGGCUCAGUGGUUUCAAAAUCUCCACUCACUACACCACUGGAAGCAUGUGUGUUGCCUGAGGAGGAGGGGAUCAGCACGAGGAGAGAGCACACGAGCCGCAACAAACGAACCAUCCAUGACAGACACACAAACGGACAGACAUGGUUCCCGGCUUAUUUAAUAAUAUUCUGCGGUGUCACUUUUCUGUCUUACUGUACAUUUUGUAUUUACAAUAGAGGUAGUGCAAGCAUGUGUGUAAGAAUGGGAAUGAGGUUUUUGUAAAGGGGCAUUACAGUUUUUUUUAUGAGAGUACUGAUGUGUGUGUGUGUGUGUGUGUGUGAGUGUGUAUGUGCGCAUUGAGGGUGGCUGCAGAGAUGGUUAGUUUUGUAGUUUGCAUCAUCGGUAAUAUUAAUGACCUCAUUUUCUACAUUAUUUUGUAUCGCUGUACAGAACUUUUCUUGAUUUUUUUUUCUGGAUAUUUUUUAUGGAACCUGUAAUGUGUCCAGUGUUUUUAGUUCUCCCAAGUUUUUUUUAUAUAGUUGAUUUCCUUUCUACAGUCUCUAUUUUUUGGUACAUUUUCUCCAUUUUAUCAAGAUGUCAAAAAUAACAUUACCAUCAGGAGAAACUGCACAAUUUUCACCUGUCCAAGAUGUGAGGCAGAGAGAUCCUCAUUGAUUCUGAAAAAAACAACAAAAAAAAAAUGCCAUAAAAGUAUCAUUUGUA